CCUCAGCUUCUCCUACAGACCAGAUGCUUCUACUCUCUAGGGCUGCCUGGAGCUCACUGUGUUUAGCGGUGGUUGCCAUGGCAGCAGAGCUGACUCAGGACCAGGUGUCGUGGACCAGGAGAGAAAGGAAAGCCGUCUCCUUCAGAUGUACAAACACUGAACAGUGUGCUAAUAAUUAUAUUUUCUGGUACCAGAAGAAAGAGAGCGAAACAUUCACCCUGAUUCUUCUAAUUGACGACAGUAAUGGUGGUCUUGAUAAAGGAUUCAAACAUCCCCAGAAGGAUGAUUUCUCAACAGUCUUCAAAGAGAACAGCUGGGAGUUGUCGCUUCAGGAGGUGAAAGCGUCCCAUUCUGCCACCUACUACUGUUCCUGUUGGAUUAGUGGUGUCACACAGUCAGUGGAGCGGCCCAAAGUGAGCGUCUACCCAGCGACGGGAGCUGAUUUAAAGGGCCGGCGCUCCCUGCUGUGUGUGGCCAGAGACAUGGUCCCUGAGGAGGUCCGGGUGUCCUGGAGGAGGAGAGGGGGGGGCGGAGGGGGGGGGAAGGACGGGGAGCAGCUGGAGCCCAGAGGACCGACAUACGCUGCCAGCAUCCUGGUUAUGGAUCCGGGAGAAACCCUCACAGAUCAAUACAUCUGUAGAGUUGAGCAUGAGAGCGGUCUGCAGGAGGUGGAGGUCCCAGGGUCCCUCCAGGUGCUGUCCAGAGCCAGGCUGGCGUCUGUGCUCUACACAGUGAUGGUGGUGAAGAGUGUGCUCUGCUGCUGUGGCCUGGCUCUCCUGCUCCUCCACACCAACAAGACCAGCAGGACGCCCAGAACCAGCACCACCACAGCCCUGGACUGACGCUGCUGUCCCCCAGAACCAGCAGACCCACCUCGUACAACCAUAA